UCAUCAAACACUCCCCAACCAUAUUUACAAUCAUACAACAUUUUUGUUCCAAAAUGGGAAGAGCCCCGUGUUGUGAGAAGGUCGGGUUGAAGAGGGGAAGGUGGACAGCUGAAGAAGACGAGAAGUUAAGUAACUACAUUAAAGUUCAUGGCGAAGGGUCGUGGAGAUCUUUACCAAAAAACGCGGGAUUAUUGAGGUGCGGCAAGAGUUGUAGAUUAAGAUGGAUCAACUACUUGAGAUCGGAUUUAAUAAGAGGAAAUAUAUCUAAGGAAGAGGAACAACUCAUAACCAAUUUACAUGCUUCUUUAGGUAACAGGUGGUCUUUGAUAGCUGCCCACUUGCCUGGGCGAACAGACAACGAAAUCAAGAACUACUGGAACUCGCACCUUAGCCGGAAAAUCCUACCGUCACGACGACCUAUGAACCCACCGGCUAUAGCCAUCGCACCCACCGUAAACAAACAAAAAGGCAGAACCAGCCAGUCCACCAUGAAGAUCAACAAAGCUUAUAAUAGAAAGUCCAAUGUAACCAAUCAUAACAUGGUUCAAUCAACCAAACCACCUACAAAACAGCAAACCAAGGCUGACCCAUGUGCCACUAGUAAUGAAGACGAGAUGCUAUGCUUUAUCGACAGUGUUAUGGACCUGGAUAUGUUAACCGCGGUUGAGGAUGGUGGUUCGAAGGGAGCUAGUACUAGUGAGCCCAUGAGUGAUGUAAUUAGUGAAGGAAAAGAAACCUUAGAAACUGUUAUUAGUGAGCAAGUGGAUCAGGUUAUUGGCCCAAGCCCAUCAACUACAGGUUCAAUUGAUGAUUGGAAUUGGGAUUUUGAUUUUGAUUUUGAUUUUGAUGUUGAAGAUAGUGUGAUAGAGUUUGGAGGUGAGGAAGAUGAUAACAUAUUAUCAUGGCCAUGGGAUAGCAUAACACCAGAUAAUAAUAAUUUUCUAGGAGUAGGUGAGUCGGGUCUUUGUUAAUUAAUAGCUAGAGUCUAUUCUACAAGUAUGUUUAUGUAUGUAAUUGUAGAAAUUAGCCCUUAAUAUAUAUACAUAUACAUGUAUCAUAUUCACGGGUAUGUAAUAAUCAAUAUAUAUAUCACAUG